AAUGAACAAAAUGAAGGGGAAGAAAGUGGAUCUCAUAGUUUAGAUUUUUGGCAUAAACUUAUAGAUUUAUUAGUAUCUGUCAUAGAUGAGGAUAAAAAUAACUACACAUCAGUAUUAAAUCAAUUCCCUCAGGAGUUAAAUGUAGGACAAGUCAGUGCCUCUAUCAUUUGGAGUUUAUUCUCCCAAGACUUGUGUAUGGCUUUAAAAGGUAUGUGUAUGAUUGCUUUAUUUUAUUAG